GGGCGGAGACAGCGGCCGGCGGGCGGGAGCGCUGCGCGGUCAAGAUGGCGCUUCCCGUGAGCGUGCGGGCGGGUGCUGCCGUGCGGGACCUGGCCCUGCGAUCCACCCGCCUGCGGGGCAGCUUCCCGGCUGUUCAAUUAACCCCCAGACGAUGGCUGAAUCUGCAGGAGUACCAAAGCAAAAAGCUGAUGGCAGACCACGGGGUUACAGUUCAGAGAUUCUUUGUGGCUGAUUCUGCAGAUGAUGCCCUGGAGGCUGCUCAGAGACUAAAGGCAAAAGAAAUUGUUCUGAAGGCACAGAUUCUGGCUGGAGGGAGAGGAAAAGGUACUUUCAACAGCGGAUUGAAAGGAGGAGUCCAUCUAACUAAAGACCCUAAGACUGUUGAACAGCUUGCUAAACAGAUGAUUGGGUACAAUCUGUCAACAAAGCAAACUCCAAAGGAUGGUGUGAAAGUGAAAAAGGUGAUGGUUGCAGAAGCACUGAAUAUUUCAAGGGAAACGUACUUCGCAAUCUUGAUGGACAGAGCCUGCAAUGGACCUGUAAUGGUUGGCAGUCCACAGGGUGGUGUUGACAUAGAAGAAGUUGCAGCUACUAGCCCGGAACUUAUCUUUAAGGAGGAAAUAGAUAUUUUCGAAGGCAUACAAGAUCAUCAGGCACUGCAGAUGGCAAAAAAUUUGGGAUUCAAAGGACCUCUGCAACAGCAGGCAGCAGAUCAAAUUAAGAAGCUUUAUAAUCUUUUCUUGAAAAUUGAUGCCACUCAGGUUGAAGUGAAUCCCUUUGGUGAAACUCCAGAAGGGCAAGUUGUUUGCUUUGAUGCCAAGAUAAACUUUGAUGACAAUGCAGAAUUUAGGCAAAAAGAAAUAUUUGCCAUGGAUGACAAGUCUGAAAAUGAGCCCAUAGAGAACGAAGCUGCCAAAUAUGACUUAAAAUAUAUAGGACUGGAUGGAAAUAUUGCUUGCUUUGUGAAUGGAGCUGGCCUUGCAAUGGCAACUUGUGAUAUAAUAUCUCUGAAUGGAGGAAAGCCAGCCAACUUCCUGGAUCUGGGUGGAGGUGUGAAAGAAGCACAAGUGUAUCAAGCAUUCAAACUGCUGACUGCUGAUCCGAAGGUUGAAGCAAUUCUUGUAAACAUUUUUGGCGGUAUCGUGAACUGUGCCAUUAUAGCCAAUGGUAUCACCAAAGCCUGCCGAGAGCUUGAGCUGAAAGUGCCUCUGGUGGUCAGGCUGGAAGGAACAAAUGUUCACGAAGCCCAGCGCAUCUUGAAUGAAAGUGGACUCCCUAUUACCUCUGCAAGUGACCUUGAAGAUGCAGCAAAGAAAGCAGUGGCGAGUGUGGCCAAAAAAUAAUUCCUUGAAGAUAUCUGUCGGGAAGUGUGCAUGUUUUACAAGACGUCAUUCCUGUUGUCUGUUCAGAGAGGAUUGGUGGAAUUUUCCUAGGCUGUCAUCAGUGUAUGGGGGACUUUCUUUGUGACACAUGGCAAAUGAUAGACUUGAAAAUUGGGCCUCACAAAUUUUUGCAGUUACUUUCUUGAAAAGUGUAUCUUCACCUAGCUUUGAUAAUUUUGGUAUUAAGAGUUUUAUUAAUACUUAAUUUCAUAAAUCUUCUUUUCUCCUUUUCUUCCAGAAUUGCCACUGAUAAACACUGAGAAAACUAUUUCACAAUACUAUCAAUCAUCUUUUUAUAUUGUAAAGAGUCAGCAAACUGAUAAUGGGUUUAUAUUUUUAUGGAUUUUUACAAGAAUGUAAAAAAAAAAUUGUGCUCACAAUGUCUAUUUUUAUUCAAAUGAAAGUUUAUUUUCUUUUCUCUUUUUUUAUUUUUAAGAAAGUACACGUUUUGCCUUAAGAUGACUUUCUUUUGUAGAUUCACAAGUAUACCUCACAGUAGAAGAGAGUAGUUGGAAGUGGAAGGACUUUUCUUUCUUAUACUGUACCUGUAAAUAGGUGGAAUGUGAUUUAUUUUCUAGGUUUUGGAAGUGAGGUGCAGUGUUUCUAGGUGUGAUCAUGGCACAUAAGAGGGGUAUGUGAGGAGAAUGUGCGUGUCAGGCAGAAAACGGCUGCUCACUUUUCAGAAUAACCACUUUCCUAAGUAACCACUGCUGUGAGGUUUUAGAGUAAGGUGAGAUCCUGAAGCAGUUUUCUAUUAGAGUCAUGGAAUAUUCUUAAAUUGAAAUAUCUUCACCCCCCAAAAAACAUUUCUGAUUUAUCGAGAAUAAAACACAGAUGAACUUUUCAAUUUUUAAAGUAUUUCAUUUCUACGAUCUCAGUAAAAAUCUAUAUGAGAAAUGAGUUUCAGUACCCAGAUAUGGGCUGAAAUUUAUUUAGCUUCUAUAUGCUUCUGUAACAGUCCAAAUUCAAGCUGUUAGUUACAUGAAUCAUUCACUCAGGGAAUAGAAGACAAUACCAGUGGCUUGUGUAACUACAGAAAUCAGUACAGAUCUCACUCAGCACAGGGACUGCAGGGAAUCAUCAAUAAAUUGAACAGUGAACAAAUGACUGAGUAUUGUGAUGGGGUCUUGAAGAUCUUGUAAAUGGGCAGAGAGGUUAAAAUUUGUCUAAUAAAUUCUUAAUGAUGAUUUUUGAGCAGCUCUGAUCAAUACCGCGUUCCGCUUAGAAAAAUGUAAAUAAUUUUUUCUUGACAUUUCCAUUAAAACGAUCACCUUCUAAAUAAAUUACAUGCACUAAUCUCUGCCCCUUCACACAAAUAGUGGAGAUAGGCUGCUGUCAUCAGUUUCGGUAGGUUUUUCUUCCCCAUUCCUCUCUCUCCCUAUUGUUCAAGGCAAAAACUUACAGCCAUUAGGACAGCAAUAAAUAUGCCGCUGGAUCUGCACUUAGUGACUGAAUGGCACAGAAGGGUGUCAUUAGCAGUUCUUGUGAAGGUGCAUGGAUGUGCACAGCUUUGAAGGAAGAAAUGUUUACCUCGCCAGGAUAAAUACAAAAGUCACUCUUUUCUGUAUUUGAAUACUGCAACUAGAGGCAUUCUGUGGGACAGCUGUUUAUGCAAUGUUGUCAUACACUGCCUACCUAAUUUGGGUCCCAAAACCACUGUUGUGUGUACGUGAUUAUUCUGCAAAGAUUAACAUUAUCUAUGCCAAUUGUUUGGUCAAAUAAAUGUAAAAAUGAACCCAUUUAAUGACUUUGUUCUCUCUAGAAAAUACAUUUGUUUGUUGUA